UGAAUGGCAGUGAAUGCAGUCAAUACAGUCAAUGGCAGCACUGGUUGUGUUGUUGUCUUCAUUAGCCAUACAAUUGAGUCCAUGUUUUGUCCAUUCAUUCACUUCUCGUUGCAAUUGAAGACAUCCGAAGAAGUGGUGAACGUGACAAUCGAUGGUCGGUUCCCAACAAGUGAUGAACACUGACGACAACAUCGAGAACAACAUUUCGGCACUCAAUCAGGCUGAAGUGACGACAAAGAAGUUAUACAAAGAGUGCAAACGACUCAACGAUUGCAUACAAUCAGUGAAUCUGAAUGAUAGCAAANAUUGCAUACAAUCAGUGAAUCUGAAUGAUAGCAAAAUGACUACCGAUUUGUCCCCCAAUUCAUCCCUAAAUGAAGACAACUCUGUCGUCAAAAUGAUGAGAGUUUCCCAACAAAUGCCCGCCUAUUAUGAGGCUGAGGCACGACUGGCCGCCCGACGCGAGGCCCGCACUAAAGCUCGAGAGAUACGACUCAAAGAGUUGGAGAAACAACAAAACGAGAUCAACGAAACCAGUGAUCGACACUACGAACUCUUCGGCAAUCCUAUCACCAGUUCUGCCACCAAAACACCCGUCACUGCCAGAGAUAGUCGGUGUUCUUCGCACACCGGAUCCCGAAGGAGUAGUGAAGACUCGCUGGAUGUCCCACUUUCUGACCACCGAGACUAUCGACAUCAAUUGCACGAAUUGGACGACAAGUUUCGGAAAGCGAUGGUAAACAGCGCUCAGUUGGACAAUGAGAAGCAAUCGCUCGCAUAUCAGGUCGAGCUCUAUAAGGAUGACAUCGAGGAGUUUGAAGAGAACUUCACUCGCCUUCAGAAAGACUACAAAGACAAAUCUCGGGCUUUCGAUCAAAUGAGUCGAGAUUUCAAAAAACUGCAAAAAGAUUACGAUUUUAAUAAACAAUGUCUGCGACAAAGGGAUUGUCUGAUAGAGGACGCGGGUUUAGUAUUGAUAGACUCGUAUGACUCAAAUAUAAUAGACUCUGAUUGCAAUCACAUGUCAAAUGGUGUGAACGGAUUAAACGGUGAUAUAAGUGAUAAAAUAAGCGGAGAAAGUGGUUCCGAAUCGGGUAUCAGUGGAAGUGUUACCAAAACGCCUACCAAUGCGUCGUUGAUAUCUCAAGAAGCGGCACAACUUUUGGCAAACGUCGAGGGCUUCUCAUUAGAGGCUAAAAUCAAAUCAUUAUUAAAAGAGAAAAAGAUUUUAAUGAAUGAAAUCAAUGCAAUGAAGACAGAUCUCGAAGACGAGAGACAGAGAGCGACUAAAUUUGAAGAAUUGACUUUAAUUCAAGGCUCAAUUCAUUCACUAGACGCGGGUUUAGUAUUGAUAGACUCGUAUGACUCAAAUAUAAUAGACUCUGAUUGCAAUCACAUGUCAAAUGGUGUGAACGGAUUAAACGGUGAUAUAAGUGAUAAAAUAAGCGGCGAAAGUGGUUCCGAAUCGGGUAUCAGUGGAAGGGUUACCAAAACGCCUACCAAUGCGUCGUUGAUAUCUCAAGAAGCGGCACAACUUUUGGCAAACGUCGAGGGCUUCUCAUUAGAGGCCAAAAUCAAAUCAUUAUUAAAAGAGAAAAAGAUUUUAAUGAAUGAAAUCAAUGCAAUGAAGACAGAUCUCGAAGACGAGAGACAGAGAGCGACUAAAUUUGAAGAAUUGACUUUAAUUCAAGGCUCAAAUCAAACGGUGAACUCAGACGCAAAUAUUGACAUUCAAAGAGAAGCCAAUAAACUGGUCGGAGAUUAUAAAUUUAAACUUAAGAAAUGCGAACAAGAGAUGAAUGUUUUGAAUGGAAACGUGAGUCGACUCGAGACCCAACUAUUGAGGUAUAGGACGGCCGCAGAAGAGGCCGAAAAGCUGGAGGACGAGCUCAAAGCGGAUAAACGAAAAACACAACGAGAGUUGAGGGAAGCGUUGGCCAGAAUUGAAGAGUUAGAGACAUCCAACGCUCACUUACAGAAGCGAAUCGACAAAUUAAAGUCAAACCGCAAUAUUGUUAUAAACAACACAAACAGCAAAUGAUUAUAAAACAUACGAUGUUUUUGUGAAUUAAUUGCAUUAACAAAACGUGCAUAGAAUUAAAUAGGACUUGAAUUACAAUCAAUCACUGUUUUUAUAUGAAACGCCACCAAAACAUACCAUACCUGCGAUUAACCGACAAAAUAAGUGCCAAUUAAUGCAUUCAAAACUAAUAGAGAGCUUGGAAUACAUUAUUAAACAGAAACAUCACAUGAACUCAUCCGAAACAUAGAUUUUUCAAGUCUGCAUUUUUUAGUUUAUUUAUAAUAAUAUUUUAUAAUAACUUUGAUUGUAAAGACCGAUCACUCAAUCGACUUAACUAUUACUGAAUUGAAGGGAUUUUAUUCAUUAUAUUGAUAUUAAUAUAGCGUUUAUUUAUUGUUUUUAAUUGUAAUUUACUGUUUAUCAGUUAUUUGUAGCUCAUAUUGAUUUCACAUAAAUUGUAAUAAAAUGUGUUUUUUUGCAAAUGAAA